AUGACAUUUGCGAAUAUUUCCUCAAGGUGUCCUUGCUACUUGGUAUUAAAGAAUCUCAAGGAAGGACUGCGUUCUUAUAAUUUUGACGCCAAACUGAUCGAUCUUUUCAAGUUCGAUGAGGCGGACCUCGACGACCUAAAGACGGUCGCUAUUGUAUUGAUAGUUGGCGUUCGAGCGACAGGUUCACAUUAUCUGCAUUGGAUUCUCUUUAUCUCCCUAUCUCUCUCUCUCUCUCUCUCACCUCCAUCCCCCUCUCUCUUCUCCUCUCUCUCUUCUUCUUCUCUCCUCUCCCUCUCUCACUCUCUCCUCUCUACUCUCCCCUCUCUGUCUCUCUUCUUACAUAUUAUUUUCUUUCUUUCGUUUCUUCUUUUUUUUCUUUUCUUUUCUUUUUUACUUAAUUUUUUCUUGUGGUGCUCUUAUCUCUUCUUUUUCUUUCUUUGCCGUUUCCUUCUUUCUUUCCUUCUUUUUUCUUUUCUUUUCUUUUCUGUCUAUUCCUCUUUCUUUCCUUUCUUUUUUUUUACUCAAUUUUUUCUUGUAACACUCUUAUCCCUUCUUUUUCUUUCUUUCUUUGCCUUUUCUUUCUUCUUUUUUUUCUUUUUCUUUUCUUUUCUACAUAUUCGUCUUUCUUUCUUUUCUUUUUCUUCUUUCAAAUCUUCUUUUCUUUGUCACUUUAAGGGUAUCUUCUGUUCCUGCUCCUUCACGGCGUCACUUACCCUUUCAUGCCACCCCACCACCCUGCCGUGCCUUUACCCGUACCCAUUCCCUGUGCAAGUAAUCUAUCUUGCGUAA